UCAGAUCGUUCCGUUCACGCCGCGGAAAUUGGCGGGAAACGAGAGAGCUCGCCCUCGCUUCGCCCGUUAGAAAAUGUCUGCUGUGUGACGUAUCGUUUGUUUCCUACGCGCACGUGAUAAACAUCUCGCCGACAUGGGUAUUUUAGGCUUAUCGAAGCUAAUAGCCGACGUAGCUCCGGAAGCUAUCAAAGAGCGAGAACUGAAGCAUUACUUCGGUCGCAAGAUCGCCAUCGAUGCGUCCAUGUGUCUGUAUCAGUUUCUCAUAGCUGUGCGCAGCGAAGGAGCCCAGCUCACUACUGUAGACGGCGAGACAACCAGCCAUUUGAUGGGCACGUUUUAUCGCACCAUACGCUUGGUGGAGCAAGGAAUAAAGCCUGUCUACGUGUUCGAUGGUAAACCGCCAAAUCUGAAAAGCGGAGAAUUAGCCAAGAGAGCCGAGAGGAGGGACGAGGCGCAGAAGCUCCUGCAGGCCGCUGAAGAAGAUGGAAAUGUGGAAGCUAUAGACAAGUUCAAUAGGAGAUUGGUUAAAGUUACGAAAACUCACGCUGACGAAGCUAAAGAAUUACUUCAACUAAUGGGAAUACCGUAUGUCGACGCUCCUUGCGAGGCUGAAGCGCAGUGUGCCGCUCUAGUGAAAGCCGGUAAAGUCUUCGCCACUGCUACGGAAGAUAUGGACGCACUCACUUUCGGCUCCAACGUGUUACUGCGACGCUUAACCUUCAGCGAAGCCAGAAAGUUACCCGUGCAGGAGAUUCAUUUUGAUAAAGUUCUGGCUGGUUUGGAACUGAAUAACGAGGAGUUCAUCGACCUCUGCAUUAUGUUGGGUUGCGAUUAUACAAAUAGUAUCAAAGGCGUUGGGCCAAAACGAGCAAUAGAGUUGAUAAAAAAUCACAGAUCCCUCGAAAAAAUUGUUGAAAAUUUAGACACCAAGAAGUAUCCCGUACCGGAGGAUUGGAAUUACAAAGACGCAAGGUCAUUGUUUCAAGAGCCAGAAGUGUCGAAUCCAGACGACAUCCAGCUAAAAUGGUCCGAACCGGAUGAAGAGGGUCUGGUGAAGUUUUUAUGCGGUGACAAGCAGUUUAACGAGGACCGGGUUAGAAACGGGGCUAAGAAACUUUACAAGGCCCGAAAUACGUCGACGCAGGGCCGAUUGGACUCGUUCUUCAAGGUCCUGCCGAACUCUACGCCGACUCCGAAGCGGAAGGCUGAAGAGAAAAAAACACCGGCUAAAAAGGCAAAGACAGCAGGUAACAGCAAAUUUCGCGGUAAAGCAAAGUGAGUGAUAUUUCAAAUUUGAUAAAAAUAUACAACAAUGCUAGUAGCGUACUUGUGUACAGAAAUGUUAUCUCGACGCAGUCUUGUACGCACGUUGCGCAUUUAUCUUUUAUAAAUCUCUCCGUAAAAUGUGCAGUCUCAACUGAUAAACACAGUAUAACUUUAUCUAUUUAUUUCGUAAAAUAUAUACAAAUAUUCGUGUACAAUAUAUAUAUAUUCUUAUAAAUUGCAUCGUAGCUUCAACAAUAACACGUCUCUCCCUCUCUCGCGGCAUAUUUUUAUAAAAAUCUUCACAAACAACGUUUUAUCAUUUAGAUUCAUGCAUCACAUUUAUUGUCGUAUAUCUUCAUCGUUUUAUCUUAUUAAUAUAACUCUGUGAGGAAUUUAGAAAA